AUGCCGAAAACGUUCUUGUUUAAUUUUUAUCUAGAGUCGACAUUGGCGUUUUUACAUAGUCGUCGUACCUGUCGGCUGUCGUCGUCGUUUUUACAGCCGACAGUUCACGUGAAAUGUGCAUCAAUAUUUAUCUCAUUAUUAUCAAUUCUUUCACUGAUUACAUCGGCAACUGCUGCUCAACAACAACGAAUUCCACCAUCAUUUUCUUCCAAUACUUAUACAAAUGGUUCAUCAGCAAUACUCAAUACAGCUCGACGACGUAUACUACCACCAACUACACUAUCAUCAACGACAACAACAAUACCAACAUCAAUUACAUCAAUAUUAACAACAACAAAUAGCGACAUUUUUUUAAAUACAACUAGACGUGAAAAAUUUUUUUCAGAAAAAUUUCGUAACAUCGCAUAUUUAGUUUUAAUUAUUGGUAUUUGCUCAUUUAUGAGCAUUGUAACAGUUGUUGGAAAUCUUGUUGUUAUAUUAUCUGUUUGUCUUGUAAGAAAAUUACAAACUGCAUCAAACAUACUCAUUGUUAGUUUGGCUGUUAGUGAUGUGCUAGUUGGAUUAUUUAUUAUGCCAUUAGCAAUGGUGCUUGAGAUUUCCAAUGACAACUGGAUUUUAGGUUCGAUUAUGUGUGACUUGUGGACAUCAACGGAUGUUCUUCUAUGUACAUCAUCAAUUUUAAAUUUUCUAAUUAUUUCAAUCGAUCGUUAUUGUAUUAUUAAUCAUCCAUUUAAAUAUGCUCCAAUGCGGAAAGUUAAAUUACUUUCAUUGAUGAUAGCUGCUGUUUGGAUACUUAGUGCACUAGUUUCAUUACCACCGAUUUUAGGCUGGGGUCGUCCUUCGGAAAAUCUUCCGAGAUGUCAAGUUAAUAGCAAAUUAGAAUACCAAAUCUUUGCAACGAUGCUUUCAUUUUACAUUCCGCUUAUUGCUGUACUUAUUAUAUAUGCUAAUAUAUAUCGAACAGCACAAACAGCAUCGGAUAAUCGUUCAAGUAUUCAAAUGUCUCAAUUUUUAACACAUAAUAAUUCUUCAACAAAUAUCGGACAAACAAAUGCUACGACACCACUUGCUCAACAACAACUAAAUGGAAAUAGUUGUUCAACGCCACAAUUAUUUUUAAAUGUAACUAAUAAUAAUAACACUUCAAAUCAAAACGACAACGGUUCAUCAACAUCCGCUGUUGAUCAACGACAAAGCGGACGACGUGGUUUAGGACGCUCAUCAAAAAAUGACAGUGACAGAAAAUCGACUGGUUGCUUAUCGACAUCGCGAUGUUUAGGCAGGCGAUUGAGUACACCGCUCAGUGGACGUUUAUCGAUAUUUGUUACGCGACGCUAUUCAUUCUUUCGCCAUGUUCAUUUACCAAAUCAAAAAGCCAUACGUACAUUAGGUGUUAUUCUAGGAACAUUUAUUGUUUGUUGGCUUCCAUUUAUGUCCUUCGCAAUAGUAAAACCAUUACAUGAAUAUAUAACAGGUUUAACAGGCACGCGACGACAAUUGAAUGCUCCUAAAUGGCUUGAUCCAGUUUUACUUUGGUUUGGUUAUACAUCAUCAAUGUUAAAUCCAUUGAUUUAUUCUAAAUUUAAUCGAGAAUUUCGAACACCAUUCCGAGAAAUAAUCUAUUGCCGUUGUAUGGGUUUAAAUGAAAAAAUUCGACGACAGGAAUAUCUUGAAAAUCUGUAUGGAGAUAAUCAUUUACAAGCGCCUCAAGCAAAUAAUCCACAUCAGCCAUCAGGAACACAUACGAGAGGUAGUGGCGGACUUGAAGCAACCGUGUAA